AUGUACGAUUACACAAGCGUUAGCAACAAGGAUGCGAGCAAGGAGAUUGAUUUGGAGGCGGGAAAUGGAGAGACUUUGUACCCAAGUUUGAGUCUUGGAGAGAACCGAUUACGAUGGGGCUUGAUUCGCAAAGUUUAUGGCAUCUUGGUCGCUCGGCUUGUCCUCACCACGAUCGUCUCCGUCGUUACGGUUCUUUAUACUCCCAUGAUCGAUCUCCUCGAGGCGGUUUUGGGUUCGUUUUGCUUCUAUCAAUUUUGCCCUUUAUUUGCUCGAUGUUAUGGAUGUUCUCGUAUUAUGCGGGUGUUCUUCCCAUUUGGCUCAACAUCAACUGCAGUUUAUGGUGGAAUUAGUGCUUUGAUUUUCCGUGGAUAUAUUGUUUAUGACACCGACCACUCGAUUAAGCGCUUCUCUUAUGAUGAGUAUAUUUUGGCCUCCGUUGCUCUUUAUUUGGACAUUACGAACCUCUUUCUUUCCAUUCUGCGUGUGCUUGAGUCGGAGAAACAAUUAGUUGUACAGACAUACUCUCUUCGACCGGAGUUAGCAUGUAAUUAUAUCUUUGAUAAUACCUGA